AUCGAUAUCAAUACAGGAAUUGCCAGCUGAACUGUAGUUCUCUCAUCACGCAUCACGCACCACGCAUCACGCACCACGCAAUGGCAACAGCCACAGCCCCCCUCGCGCAGCACCUCAAGGCACGCUACCUAGCCUACCGCGCCGCGACCGACUUCGACGCCAAGGGCCUGUUCUACUCGGACUCGUGCCUGCAGAUCUGCCGGCCGCAGCCGUCGUACGCGGCACAGGACCGCGCGACCAUCGUGCAGUACCUGCGCGAGGCGGCCGCGGGCGGCAUGAACCUCGCCACCUCUUCUACCCAGCAAGUGCCGCCGAUGAAGGGCUGCACGAUCCGCCUGGCGACGGCGGACGAGUUCGAGUUCGCGUCUGACGAGGUCACGUUGCCGGCCGGGUUCACGGCUGCGGAAUUGAAGCUCAAGGCGCAGGCCGAGGGAUGGGUCGGCACGCGGGUCGAUCUGUGGUCGGAGAGCCCCGAGGAUACGAGUCGGCAGAUGCUGGUCAAGGUCAAGUAUUGGUGGCGGAAGGAGGGCGGGGAGUGGGUGCAGAUUCUGCACGACAUCAUGUACAUGGGCCCGCAUGACGGGACGCAGGGGACGGAUGGGGAGGUUCUGUGAUGUGAUGCUUGUGUUCAGAGGGAAAGUGUGUGGCGGCUACAGGGGUAGUCGGUUACAACAGAUAUACAAUGCUGUCAAUUUGUUUAUUAUUGUUUGGCUUGUUCCUACAUGUUCAUUCUCUUUAU